AUGCUGAGAGUUCGGAAAAGGGGCUACUUUAGGGCUUUCUCGUUCCCCUUGCUCGUGGCGAUGGUCUGUGCACAAAGUGUCAAUGACCCCAGUAACAUGUCAUUGGUGAAGGAGACCGUUGAUAGACUGCUGAAGGGCUAUGACAUCCGUUUGAGGCCAGAUUUCGGAGGUGACCCUGUGCGUGUUGGCAUGAACAUAGACAUUGCCAGUAUAGAUAUGGUUUCUGAAGUCAAUAUGGAUUACACUUUGACGAUGUACUUCCAACAGGCUUGGCGAGACAAACGACUAUCCUAUUCAGAAAUACCUUUGAAUCUCACGUUGGAUAACAGAGUGGCUGAUCAGCUUUGGGUUCCUGACACAUAUUUUCUAAAUGAUAAAAAGUCUUUUGUGCAUGGUGUCACUGUAAAGAAUCGAAUGAUACGUUUGCACCCAGAUGGCACGGUUUUAUAUGGUCUCAGAAUUACCACAACAGCUGCUUGCAUGAUGGAUCUGCGAAGAUAUCCACUUGAUCAGCAGAACUGCACACUUGAAAUAGAGAGCUAUGGAUACACUACAGAUGACAUUGAGUUCUACUGGCGUGGAGGUACUCGAGCAGUGACUGGAGUGGAGAAGAUUGAGUUGCCACAGUUUUCUAUUGUCGAUUAUCACCUAAUUUCCAAGAAUGUUGUUUUCUCUACAGGUUCUUACCCCAGGCUUUCCCUCAGUUUCAAGCUGAAAAGAAAUAUUGGUUACUUCAUUCUACAAACAUACAUGCCCUCCAUCUUGAUCACCAUCCUCUCAUGGGUGUCUUUCUGGAUUAAUUAUGAUGCAUCUGCUGCACGAGUUGCUUUAGGUAUUACUACGGUACUUACGAUGACCACAAUCAACACCCAUCUGCGGGAGACCCUUCCAAAGAUCCCCUAUGUUAAGGCUAUUGAUAUGUACUUGAUGUGCUGCUUUGUGUUUGUAUUUUUGGCCCUACUGGAGUAUGCCCUGGUUAACUACAUCUUUUUUGGAAGAGGGCCACAGCGUCAAAAGAAGAUUGCAGAGAAAGCAGCAAAAGCCAACAAUGAGAAGAUAAGAGCAGAAGCCAAGGUAGUUUUUUUGAAAGAGGGUAUGGAUCCACAUGAAAACAUUCUCCUGAGCACACUUGAGAUUAAGAAUGAAAUGAGUGCUGCUGAGAUCACAAUGGGUAUCGCUGAUCCCAGAAGCACCAUGAUGCCAUAUGACAGCUCCGGCAUUCAGUAUAGAAAGGCAGGAUUGUCCAGGCACAACUUCGGAAGGAGUGCCUUGGAAAGACACGUGGCCCAAAAGAAGAGCAGGCUACGAAGGCGUGCUUCCCAGCUGAAAAUUAACAUCCCUGAUUUGACUGAUGUGAAUGCCAUUGAUAAAUGGUCACGGAUGAUAUUUCCCCUUGUUUUUGGAUUCUUCAAUGUGAUCUACUGGCUGUAUUAUGUGAAUUAA